AUAGAUCCACUCAACCGGUAACUUUAGUAGGCAUUUCCCUUUUUAUCAGCAACAUGUUCGAUCUUGAUGUCUUCCUACUUACCUUGCUUCUAAACUCCAGGUUACUGAUAUCUGCAGAGACUGUAAUUACAUGUGAUGGGUUUGUCCAGCAUCUCAGUUGUGACUCUGGGGUGAUCCAUGUGCAGUCAGCAACCUGUGGCCGCACAAGCAGCCAAAUCUGCAGCGUUGGACGACCCCAAAGUGAAACGGCUAAUGUUCAGUGUUCAAUAGAUGUUCCUGCGGUCUCUAAACGGUGUAAUGGACUGAGAGAGUGCGAGUUAAACACUCAAGGACUUGCACCACAAGAUCCAUGCUAUGGCACCUACAAGUACUACACUACCAACUACAUUUGCAUCCCAGCAGAAACAAGUGUGACUUGUCAUGGUGGAUACAGUUACUUGAAAUGUGAAAAUGGUAAGAUACAGAUAAAUGCUGCAAACUAUGGACGUACAGAUAAAAUCACCUGCUCUGAAGGACGUCCAUCUGAACGGCUCCAAAACACCAACUGCUAUUCACCCAAUGCACUGGCUCCUGUGUCCAAAAGCUGCAAUGGACUGGAAAGUUGUGAGGUGUUUGCGACACAUACAAUCUUUACUGAUCCCUGCGUUGGCACAUACAAGUACCUCGCAAUCUCCUAUUUUUGUGUCCAACCUGCAGUCCGUUCAAGUGUGAUCUGUGAACUUGCAAAUAAUACCCUGAUAUGUGAUCAUGGGACUGUCAUACGCAUUCACAGCGCUAACUACGGUCGAACUGACAGCAGCACGUGCUCUACUGGCCGACCUGCUUCUCAGCUUGCUAAAACUGACUGCUACGCCUCAAACUCCCAGGCAAUAGCUACUAAUGUGUGCGAAGGAAAAAAUAGAUGCUCUCUUGUCGCCUCCAAUGGCAUCUUCUCUGAUCCGUGUCCUAACACAUUCAAGUAUCUGUAUGUCUUAUACAGCUGCAUAUCUAACUGAUGCGGUUGAUGGUCUUGUGGAUUUGACCUCUUUUCAGAUCAGAGAUUUGAUUAAAUGAAUUUUUUUCUGAAACUAAAGACCCAAUCUUCCUUGCAAUAAAUGCUUUGAAGACA